GAGGAGGGCAUCUCCGCCUACCUGGACGGCGGCGGCCGACACCGGGCCCCUGGGCGGGUGGACGACCGCGUGCUGAAGGGCGACUUGCGGCAGGGGCUGAGCUUCAACAGGCGGCAAGGCGUCGACGCCGCCAGGCUGCCCGCGCUCGCCCCCGAGGACCACGACACGCCCCUGCAGCGGGAGCGGAAGGCGCUGGACAGGGAGUUCGUGCGGCGCGCUCACGAGCUGCGGCAGCCGACGACGGGCGGGGCGCCCGCGGAGAAGGCCCGCCCUGCCGACCCCGCCGGACGGCCAAGCGCCCCAGAGCGGGAGGACGUGUUCGCGUCGUUCAACCGGCGGCCUCCCGGUCAGUCCUUCGGCUGGGGGGAGAUGGCGGGGCCUUGCUUCGACUUUGCGAAGGGCAAUUGCCUCCGCGAGAAUUGCCGCUUCACCCACGACCCGGCGGACCGCGUCGCGGGCGCGCCGGGGGCCGGGCCGCCCGAACCCCAGAGGAAGCGGCAGCGGGUCGGGGCGAUGGGCGCUGUCGUUGACAUCGGCGCGGCCGAGGAGGAGGCGGCCAGGCAGGCCGAAGAGGACCUCGAGCUGGCCAACCCGCUCAUGCGCGGCCCGGCAGCCACGAAGCCCUCAAAAAAGCCCGCGGCCGAUGGCACUGCCAGAGGCCCGGGCAGGCCAGAGCCGGCGGUGGCCCGCGCCCGGGGCGGGGCGGACGAGUGCUGGGCCAGCAAGAAGCUCAGAGUGCGCAUCGUGGACGACGGUGGAGACUUCAAGCUUCCCACCUGA